GGUAAGGUCACACAGGUUGAGGUACUACCUCAGGUUGGCCGUUACGGACAAUGAAUGACAACUGAACUCCAAAAAAAGAAGAGAACUUCCUGCCGACACAACACCGGUCCAAUUGACAGGGAGCGCGGCGCAUAUAAUCCCGAAACCUGCAAGUGCUUGGUAGCCUCCCAAUACUAAACCUGCACUUCCUCAUUCAUUCUUUAUCUGGCUCGAGGGAUCGGGCUCGAUGCCGGUCGAAGGCGUGUCUGAGAGCGGGCCGACAUCAUCGCUUUGAAGAAAGAAUUUCGCCUCAAAUUUCCGGGGCUUGGAGGUGGCAGCCAUGGCGACGCCCACACCAACGGCCAUGAAGCAUGCGCUCUCGCAGCAGGGCAAAACGCCUUCGCAGUCGCAGCAGCAGCAGCAGCACGGUGCGGCGGCCACUCCGCCCGUCUCUACGCCCUUCUCGGCAGCCCAUGCCGUCUUCUCUCCACAUGGCCCUCGGUCCUCUCCGCAGCAAGUUAAGAAAUCGCCUGCGACCCUGGGCCAUCCGUCCAAUCCAGCCAUAAACUUCGACAGCCCUUCUGCCGCUGCCGCGUUUGGUGCUUUGCAGGUAAACACGUCGAUGGACUUGAACCUGCAAGGCUUGGGCGGGCUCGGCUCAAUGGCUAGGAGCACAGGUGACGAGUUUCUGAAAAAACUGGAUUCCGUCAUUGCAAUUCUCGGCCGUAGCAAAGGCCUUGUCAGCGAGGCUGGCCUUGAACGGCUAGCCACGAGACUGGGCUUGGAGUGCUUGUGGGAGAACGGGAUGGGACCAGAGCCUAAAAAGACGCUUAUUGUCGCUGGCUCGGCUCUCGAACUGCUCGUCGUCUUUUCAAAGGACAUCGUCCAAUCCGUUUCAUUGUCUUUCCCGGAAUCAGCCGACGUCGUCAACAAGCAUGCCGACGAGGCUGGCCGGAUCCUCAUGAAGGACCUCAUGCUUGCACCAAAUCAGAGCCCUUUGAACAAGCAGCUAGAUAGCUUUGCCGCUAACUUCGGCCGCCUAGCUGCCCUGGACAGGCUGAGCAUAAACCCCGGACUUAACUUGUACGAGGCGGUCGCCGGCAUCCACGAGAGCCUGAGUCGUCUGAACAAAUGGGAAACCCAAAAGGUCAGGGAAGACAGUGCUCUCGUCGGAAAGAGUGAAGAGUACCUUCAAAAUCUCGUGCUUUGCACCAAGAGCGGACUCCCGGCAAUGAAUGCAAGAGACCAAGUGGGCUUAACAAUUGCCUACUGGAAGGAAAGACGGCUCGUGCCAUCAACGAACCCGAGUUUGUCUUUCUGGAGGGACAAAAACGAGAAGAUAUGGGCUCUUCUCAUUGGCUGCGCUCCUCUCGGGGAGCUCGGUGGCCGCCCUGUCCGAGUUUCAGACAAAUGGAUCGGUCCAGACGUGGAGAAAAUAUCUCUUCAUGACGGACUUCGCACCGGUCCAAUUCUCGACUGGCUUGAGCCCGAGAGCACGCUGAUUCCGGCGCCCGAUCCAGCUAAGCCCGGUGUAGGAGCCGACGUUCUUCUCGGACCGCGCCUUCCCGAGGUGGUAUUCCAUGCAACUUUCGACCCCCCUAUUCAUGUCUCCCUGAGUCUCUGGAGCCAAAUUGGCCAAUCAGGAUGCGGGUUGCCUACGAGCAAUGAGCAACUCAAGAGCUUCGAUAGCCUCUUAUUCCCAAUUCCUCCUGGGGCCCAUCAUGACCCAAGCGAACCGCGGACCAUUACUUGCACCAAGAAGAUCCCUUUCACGCCGCGAGGGCCAGUUCCGCAAUGGUCACUAAACACUCAUGCAAACACUCUAUACGUCUACAAGCCGAUAUACGGAAAGACUCUGACUGAGCUUUCCUUCUCUCAACCGGAGCAUCUCGUGAACAUGCUUCCUUAUCUACGGCAGUAUGCCUUCCUCGCCACACUACUCGAAAACAGCUUCAAGGAAACGACUAGUCCUCCGGCUCCUCCCGCGAGCCACCCCUCGAUGGUUUCUACUGGAACAUCGACAAGUCAGAACCAAUUUUCGGUGUUCAUGGAGGGAGAGGGAGCGGUUGAAGAAGUUCCAAGCGACGACGGGCCGGUAAAGGUGGACGUCACUUUGACAGUCCACCGGUUUCCACGACUGCAGGUCAUGUUUCCCUUUCGGUCUUGGACAGCUAACAUCUUGCUCGAGAUUCAGGAGAAUGGCCACGUCCACGUCGAAGCCCAGAAUGUGUUGGAUGAGAGCAACGCAUUUGCGCCAAACGGGAAACAAAGGCGGAUAGAGGAUAUUGGGGCAUGUCUUGAGACCAUUGAGGACAUUGGCAAGUGGUGCAAUCAUAUCCGGACAAGAUGGGCUGUCGGGUAUGGAAAGCAGUAGUUGGAGCUGCGCUAGCGACGACCGUAGAUACAGUGUAGUCGUAAAUUGAUACCCAUUUCUUGUAAU